CCUUGCCUGCUGCUCUGUAGAUAGUCAGAACAGCACAAUGCUGUGUAACAAGUUAAAUGAAUUCCUCACUGAGCAUGAAGUUGAAUCUAGGAUCCUUGCUGCCUUGGGGCUCUGUGUUGCAGUGUCCCUGUAUGGGCUGAAAUGGAUAAGGAAAAGGCGUAUAUUAAAGAGGAUAAAUCAAGAGAAAAAGAGAAGAGAUAUGAGUCUGCAACUCAUGGAAAAACUAGCUGAGAAGUUCAAGAAACAGAACCCAGGUGUAGAUUCCAGAAGAAUCCUGAGCAUGUCAUUGCAGGAACUUACAGAAAAGCUUAGAGAUGGAUCGCUUUCUCCUGAGAGUGUCUUGUACCCAUAUGUUAAAAAAGCUUUGGAAGUGACUAGAGAUACCAACUGUAUAACCGUUUUUAUGAAUGACUGUGAGACCCAGCUUCAAGAAGUCAAAAAGCAGAAGCAAAAGGGUCUUCUAUAUGGUGUUCCUGUCUCUAUAAAGGAACAUGUUGGAUACCAGGGACAUCCUUCCACCUGUGGCCUGGUGCAAUACCUUGAUGAGCUCGAGGAAGAGGACAGUGUUAUUGUUAAGGUUUUGAAGAAACAAGGGGCCAUUAUAUUUGCAAAGACCAAUGUACCACAGACCUUGAUAUGUUAUGAAACAAGCAACCCAAUAUAUGGACUUACAACGAAUCCCCAUAACCACACUAAAGGUGCUGCUGGAUCUUCUGGGGGAGAGGGAGCAUUAAUUGGAGGCGGAGGCUCAAUCUUAGGUUUCGGAACAGACAUUGGUGGAAGUAUCCGACUGCCAUCAAGCUUCUGUGGAAUAGCUGGAUUAAAGCCAACUCCAAAUAGAUUGAGUUUACAUGGAGUGCGGCCUUGUGUUGAUGGCAUGCUUGCAGUGCUGCUGUGCAUUGGACCAAUGGCAAGGGAUGUAGACAGCCUAGUUUUGUGUAUGAAGGCUCUCUUGUGUGAUGAGAUGUUCAAGUUGGAUCCAAGAGUGCCACCGCUACCUUUUAAUGAAGAGGUCUACUCUACGUCUCAGCCCCUGCGCAUUGGAUAUUACGAAACUGAUGGCUAUACAUUGCCAAAUCCAGCUAUGAGGCGUGUGUUCUUAGAAACAAAAAAGCUGCUGGAAGAAGCUGGACACAUGCUUAUACCGUUCAAACCUCCCCGAACUGAAUACAUGCUAAAUGAGCUGUACAUGAAAUCAUUGUUUGGUGAUGGAGGACAAACAUUAAGUGAGAAGUUCAAAAACAACAUUGUAGACCAACGUCUGAGAGAUCUAUGCUUACUUUGCAACCUUCCUAAAAUAGUGAAGAAGAUUCUGGCCUUUAUACUGAAGCCAUUGCGUCCAAGAUAUGCACUGUCCUUGAGUUCAGCACAAGGUGCAAGCUGCGUAAAGGACCAUUGGAAACAAAAUACAGCUGUAGAGGAAUACCAGACUGAAUUUAUCGCUGAAUGGAGAAAGUUGAAUUUAGAUGUGGUAUUGGCUCCUAUGUUAGGUCCAGCUUUUAACCCAGGCUAUCCUGCAAAGCUUCUAUCGGCUGCUUCCUACACAAUGCUCUACAACUUAGUAGGGUUCCCGGCUGGUGUUGUACCUGUGGGUUCUGUCACUCAAACAGAUGAAGAGGAACUAAAGAAUUACAAAGGACACUUUAAUGACCAAUUGGACAAGCUGUUUGUAAAGGCAGUGGAAGGUGGGCUAGGGCUCCCGCUGUCUGUUCAGUGUGCAGCGUUACCCUAUCAAGAUGAGCUCUGCCUGCGCUUAAUGAAAGAAGUUGAGACUCUGCACCAGAACAAGAAAAAGAAAGCCUGAGUUAGUGAUUUAGUUGCACUCCUACUGUUUGCAACCCUUGUUUCCACUUCUGUGUCUAAUAUAAGACCAAUAGAGUUUGUAAACCUUUCUUUGUUUUUAACCUAUUUCUUAUAUAGUGGAUGUGAACUAUAAGAAAUUAUGGUAUGCACAUUUUUCAUAGGAAUAACAUAUUUAACACCUCUGGGUGCAUAAUGGGUGUUUUUAUCUUAUCAUAAACUGUUGCAUGAUAUGUAAUCAUCAAAAUAUAUUUUAAUACAAUUAAAGAGAAUUCGUUCUGCCAAAA